CAAAGCUUACUCAGUGCAGAGAUAGACAACAAGGGCUUGGACUAGGAGUCAGUUUAUUUGAAGAGAUUCUCGCGUCCGUGUCUUUCUCCCUGAAAGAAUGUCGCUACUACCCUCUGGUUGGAUAAUCAACGAGUUUCCAAAGUGGCUCGUAUUCGGGACAUGGUUUCUCCUCAACAUCGUUCUUUUUAUCUAUCAGUUUAACCUCUUCCAGACAUCCAAUACACAAUUUUAUAUGCGGUUCUACCUAAAGGAAGCAUUGGCUUUUGCCCGAGGUCCUGCUUUGCCAAUUAAUUUCAAUGUGAUACUGAUCCUGUUGCCAGUCUGUAGGAACAUCAUAUCCGUCAUUAGAGGAUGUACUAGGGUGGUUCCCCGUAGCAUCAGGAGAGUAUUGGACAAGAACCUGACCUUUCACAAAGCCAUUGCAUGGAUGCUGGUUGUAUCCAGUACCAUGCAUGUCGUUGCUCAUUAUUAUAACUAUGAAAGAUUAGCGAGGUACUCUCCUCCUAAUAGCCUCCCUCCUGGAGACCAAGCAACAUCUAUACCUACUCAAGCACUCCCUUUUAAUGGCUCAGUAGGACAAUUGAAUCCUAUCCAUGCUUGCUUUAUCACAUAUGCCGGAGUAACAGGUCACAUUAUUACUCUGGUUUUAUUUCUAAUGAUAACAUCAUCCGUUACGUACAUUAGGCGUUCAUUCUUUGAAGUAUUCUGGUACACUCAUCAGUUGUUCAUUGUGUUCUUGGUUGGUCUUGGCAUACAUCAGUAUGGUCGUUUGCUCCCUGUGUUUCGUUCAGCCAGUCAGCUUCAAGAUGUUGGUCUAGGUGUGUGUGCAUAUGCUCCUACUAGCUCGGAAAAUUACACAAGGUUUUGUACUAAUCUCAAUUUUGCUCCUGCCGGUCCCACCUCAUGGAUGUUCCUCUUAUGCGGUUUACUGAUUUACGGCCUUGAGCGUAUUCUGAGAGUUGUGAGAGGAUUCUACUCUGUUGUCAUCAUUAAGGUUGUGCAACAUCCUUCCAAUACUAUCGAGAUACAAAUGAGAAGGAAAGGAUUUCAUGCUGAAGCAGGCCAGUACGUGUUUGUCAACUGUCCUUCCGUUGCAUGGUUUGAGUGGCAUCCUUUCACACUGACAUCAGCUCCCGAGGAGGACUACUUCAGCGUUCACAUUAGAAUACUUGGAGACUGGACGAGAGGAAUAGCUGACAAGCUUGGAAUGAAUCGUAAUGAUUUCCAGCAGUCCUGGGAGCUCCCAAGUAUUUAUAUUGAUGGCCCAUUUGGCACAGCUAGCGAGGAUGCCUUUGAGCACCCUGUAGCCUUGCUUGUUGGUGCCGGUAUUGGUGUGACCCCGUUUGCUUCUGUUCUCAAGUCUCUCUAUUACCGUAUAACAGAGGAGGGUAGCGGGCUCGUCUUGAAGAAGUUGUACUUUGUUUGGAUUUGUCCCGAGACUUACGCCUUCGAAUGGUUUGCUAAUCUCUUCCAAGAGCUUGAGCAGCAGCUCAUUGAUAAAGGGAUUGAUGACUUCCUGACCAGUUGGAUCUAUUUGACUAGAGGAUGGAAGGACAAUCAAGCAUUCUAUUUGAUGUUAAACGAAGGUAGAGUGACGGCCGAACAUGCUACUGAUGACAUGGUGGAUGCUAUCACUGGCCUUAGAGCGGAGACUACAUUUGGGCGGCCUGAAUGGGAGAAAAUAUUUGAAAAAGUUGCACUUGCUCAUCCAAAUACUGAUGUUGGUGUAUUUUUCUGUGGCCCAUCAGUUCUGUCACAUAAUCUACACAAGCAGUGUAACGCUUUUACCAAGAAAGGCGGAUCCGCUGGAGCUCGUUUUUACUACAACAAAGAGAAUUUCUAAACCUCUCAAUGCCAAUUUACUCAGAAACACAACAAUAAUUUGUUUUGUUUUAUUGAACUGUAGUCAUUUUGUUUUUUAGCGCUUUUUGCUGUAUUUAGCUUGAUUUUUUUUAGUUGUGGUUAUUGAUGUAAACUUUUUGAACAUAAUUUUAGUUUUUUCCUGAA